GCGGAUCUGUCGGUCAUCUGUCGUUACUGGCUUGCCAAGUUUUCGAAUGCUAUAAUGCAACCCUAGGGAAGCUUAAGCUCAAUACAGAGAAUAUGGCUAUCAUUUUCCAGUCUAUACCGUUAAUCCCCGAAUCCCAAUUUCAGCUGAAUCGCCCGAAAGGUAACAUAACAUGCGUGUGGUCAUAAUUGCGGUGCAAUGGAUCACGAGGGUGCAUUGGGCAUUGCGAUAUAUUUAGUAUUACAACAUAUUAGGCAUCCUGGCAUAUCAAUCGGUCAGUAUUGUUGGAUACCUCGACUCAUAAGACCUUGUUCCUUAUCAAGAAUAGCGAUGUUCUAGAUGGUUGGUUAUGGUUAUCGCGAUGAUAGAGGCUCAAGUCGAUGAUCGGUACGAUGGACGAUACGCAUACACCUAGGUCCUAGGAUGGCUGUUUUAUAGCCGAAGCCUUCACCAUUCUCCAUUCCCAUGUUUCCUACUCUGAAAUUGUUAAUUAUUAAAGGCAAAUCCUCUAGCUAUUUUGAAUCGCUUCAUUAUAUCCUAUAAGUAAGUGUGUCAUGGAAUGGCUCCUAUGGGUCUCGAUUAUUCGAGCUAAUGCAGCUAAUGGUUUUUAGCUUGGAGGUUCUCAGUGGAAGCACCACUAUCUUGACGAGAUGGCGGCCCAAGUCUCGACGAUAUCCCGAUUAACAUCUACAGAGCUCGAAUCUGUAUUAGCGGCCGCGGACGACCGAGCUGAAUCUACCAAUCAGGAAGAUGUGGAUGGUGCAAUAUCCCAGACCAGUCGCCAGGAAGACAUCGGUCUUUCCCGGCUCGUAGUCAACAUUCUCGCUAGCGGUGGCACGGCAAAUGGCAACGUCGGCGGAGACAGCGAUCCAUUUACUCUCAUUAGGGGUCUUGCAUACGAGGUUGCUAUUUUAUCGAAGAAGGUCGAAUACCUCUCUUCGCCGGCGUCUAGGAGCGGGCCUAUAAUCGAAAGUGGGACGUGGAACACGACGGAGGUCCGGCCGGGAAACAAACCACAUCACUCGACGGAGGCGCGCAUCAAUUUUUCGAAGGAAUUCAAAUUGACCCCGAUGGUGAUGGUGAGUGUGAGCUCGGUCGACUUCAGCAACUUCAAAAAUUAUAGGGUUAAGGUCUAUGCGACGGAGGUUAACCCGAGGGGUUUCAUUGUCCACGCCGAUACCUGGGGGAGCACGCUUUUAUACUCCUGUGGAGUAUCGUGGAUGGCUGUAGGAGAAUAAUUGGUGUAUAUGGGCGCCUGAGGUGAACAUGACUUAGGAUUCUUACCAACAUGUAAAGGUAUAUUAAUUCAAUUUG